UUCAGUCCAGCCACUUCACUUCCUUCAAGCGAAUACAUUUCUGGUGCGGGGGAUGCUGUCGGCUGCCGAUAGAACUCAACCAAGGCAUCUAGAGAUAGCGAAUUCACGUGCCCGGGUACUAAGGAUAGUGUCACAAAGAAUAGUCAGGGUUCUUUUAGUGUGGCAGCCUCCUUUAGUUGUCAAAACUUUAUCCCAAGAAGCCAAGAUGAAAACAGAAACGGAGACGACAUUAAAUAUCACCGAGAGUGAGCCGGCGCACGCAUCGCAAAUGAAAAAGGGGAAAUUCGCUCCUCACAUUCAAGCUCUUCUCUAUGGCCCUGACGACAUCCUGUGCAGGACUCUUCCUUACAUGGGACUGACCGCUGAGAGUUUUGUCACUGGCAACAGUCUUAAGAAAGCGUUCAUUGACAAGUCCGAACAGCAAACGCACACUCCCAAAAAAUUCAAUUAUGUUGUGGAUAAUAUGAUACGAUCGAAGAAAAAAACUAAGAGAGAAGAUAGAGGAAGUAUUGACGGAUCAAUCCACAAGUAUCAAAGAUUUGACGAGAUCAUCGAAGGAAAUAAGUUUGGCAAGAUCCAGUUCAGAGAAGUCGGCGCCAAAUGUGAAGUUAUUCCCAAAUGGGUGUUGACCAGGCUUGAGACUGCUUGCAGAUCUUUUCGAUAUGAACUGCCCUUCAACAAAAGAUUACUAGAACACAUGACGCCGCUUCAAUACCUGGCCACGUACACGCGCCUGAACAAAGAACAGCGCAGACGUUACACUGAGAUCUUUAAGAAGUACAAGGUCAAACCAAAUGAUUAUCUGGAAGUGAAGAGCUUGCAUCCAGCACUGAACUCCCUCCUGGGAGGUUACUUCAGCGAGGACAACUAUGACAUCCUGAGCACCUGUCUGUUCAUUCCAGAAGACGUCAACCUGGAUUGCAACACCUUUGUGGGGAUCUGUGCUUUUGUUGACAGACUUUUCUGGACAGCGUAUCUGGAGUAUGAGGACGAUACUUUUUCAUUCUGGGCGCCCAACAGAUCGGCUCUAGAGUACGCUGAUUUUGAAAACCUCAGGAGAAAACUAAGUGAUGUACAGCUAUCGAAGGAACUGACUGUCCUGCUUCAAUCUCUAGCCUGAAGCCCGGGCCAGGUUGAAACUGUUACAAUGUAAUUUGCUAUAUUAUGGAUCCUGUGGCCACAGAUCUAUACAAGCCGGACACAUCCUAAGGGCGAGUUGAGUGUAAUAAUUACAUCUCCGCCAUUUCACGUCUGACAACAAUAAUGAAUCUUUUAGAUCCAGGAUGGAUAUGCCAGAUCUAUGAAGAAUGUUACUUCUUUAGUUCAAAAAAUGUAGGUCAAAUGUUUUUGAAAAGCUCUUCUUAUCUCAAAUACGUCUUAGCAUGACAAGCUACGUCCAACGUAAAGAAAGAAAAUACUUGUUAAGCUUAGACAUGUAGAAGAAGUAUUUUUAAGCAGCCAAAAACUUUGACAUUGCAUUUUAAACAUAAGAAGAAAUAGUCGAAUGAAAACUCUGUAUAUUGAAAUAUAAAAAAAAACCAGUAUCAAUAAAUAAGAUGUGUACAGAAAUUUU